GGGUCCGUCCUGCCGCCGCCUGGCUUCUCUGGCGCGCCCUCGCAGCCGGCUUUCGGGCAGCGAGCGGUCCGGGGCGCGGGUCCGGCGCAGCGGGUUCCUCCAGGGCGCCCGCCGGCAGCCUGCCCCGCCGUCCCCGGAGUUGCUUCGCGGACUCCGAGGCGGCACUUCUGCGCUCUCGCCUUCGCCGGCGGCGCGCGUGGGCCCGGCCAUGGGCCGCGGCGCCGGCCGGCCGCCCGCCGGGAGCCAUGGCUCGGGAGCCGGUCGCUAGCCGCGCCGCAGCCCGGGGGCCCGGUCCGGCAUGAGGACAGCCGCAGGGGGACGCGCGUGGCCCGCGGGGCUGUAGCCGGCGCCGGGGACAAAGAAGCCAUGCAGUGACAACCACCAAGACUUGUCGGUAGCCAUGUCGGAGCCCCACAGAGUCCAGUUCACCUCUCUCCCAGGUUCUCUGAAUCCGGCAUUUUUGAAGAAAUCCCGGAAGGAGGAGGCUGGGGGAGCAGAGCAGCACCAGGACUCGGAGCCGGCGGAUGCAGCUGUUCGAAUCGCACUCACCCUCUUUGAACCAGAUCACAAGCGCUGCCCAGAGUUCUUCUACCCAGAGUUGGUGAAAAAUCUACGAGGGAAAGUGAGAGGCCUGCAGCCUGGAGACAAGAAGACAGACCUCUUGGAUCCUUUCAAUGAUGAAGAAAAGGAAAGGCAUAAAGUGGAGGCCCUUGCCCGGAAAUUUGAAGAAAAAUAUGGUGGAAAGAAACGUAGAAAAGACCGAAUGCAGGACUUGAUUGACAUGGGGUAUGGUUAUGAUGAAUCUGAUUCCUUCAUCGAUAACUCUGAGGCAUAUGAUGAGCUUGUUCCUGCUUCUUUGACUACAAAGUAUGGAGGAUUUUACAUUAACUCAGGAACCCUGCAGUUUAGACAAGCAUCAGAAUCUGAGGAUGACUUCAUUAAAGAAAAGAAGAAAAAGUCCCCAAAGAAGCGGAAGUUGAAGGAAGGUGGUGAGAAGAUAAAGAAGAAGAAAAAAGAUGACAUUUAUGACAAGGAGAAGAAAUCGAAAAAGUCCAAGUUUUCCAAAGCCGGCUUCACAGCCCUCAAUGCCAAUAAGGAGAAGAAGAAAAAGAAAUAUUCUGGGGCUUUAAGCGUUAAAGAGAUGUUAAAGAAAUUUCAGAAGGAGAAAGAGGCUCAGAAAAAGAGGGAUGAGGAGCAUAAGUCUGUGAUGGCCUCGUCCGCGGAAGCACAUGGCCUGCGGGAAUCGGAAGGCACCUCCGACCCCUUGCUUUCCCUCUUUGGCUCCACUUCUGACAAUGACUUGCUUCAGGCGGCCACUGCCAUGGACUCGCUGACUGAUUUGGACCUGGAGCAGCUGCUCAGUGAGUCUCCAGAAGGAAGCCCCUUCUGUGACAUGGACGAUGAAAGCGACUCCCUCGGGGUGGGAUUGGACCAGGAGUUCAGGCAGCCGUCUGCCCUCCCCGAAGGCCUGACAGCACCCCUGGAGAAGCGCAUUAAGGAACUGGCUCAGGCCGCCCGUGCUGCCGAGGGAGAGAGCACACAGAAGUUCUUCACCCAGGGUAUCAACGGCCUCCUGUUCGACAUAGAGGUGCAGACUCGGGAGCUGAGCAGCCAAAUCCGCUCUGGAGUAUAUGCCUAUCUCGCUUCGUUCCUACCUUGCAGCAAGGACACUCUGGUCAAACGGGCUCGGAAACUUCAUCUCUACGAGCAGGGCGGGCGUCUGAAGGAACCUCUCCAGAAGCUGAAAGAAGCCAUUGGCAGGGCGAUGCCAGAGCAGAUGGCCAAGUACCAGGACGAAUGCCAGGCACACACACAAGCAAAGGUUGCUAAGAUGCUGGAAGAGGAGAAAGACAAGGAGCAGAGAGAACGGAUUUGUUCUGACGAGGAAGAAGAUGAAGAAAAGGGGGGCAGGCAGCUCAUGGGACCCCGGAAGAAAUUCCAAUGGAAUGAUGAGAUCAGGGAGCUGCUCUGCCAAGUGGUGAAAUUAAAACUGGAGAGCUAUGAUCUGGAGAGGAGCAAGGCACAGUCUUUGGAGGACUACGUGAAGGCGUUUCUAGACACCGAAGUCAAACCUUUGUGGCCCAAAGGCUGGAUGCAGGCCAGGACUCUGUUCAAGGAGAGCAGACGAGGCCACAGGCACCUGACAUCAAUCCUGACCAAGAAGAAAGUAAUGGUCCCUUCAAAGAUCAAAGUGAAGGAAUCAUCCACUAAGCCUGAUAAAAAGGUUUCCAUCCCAUCGGGCCAGAUCAGUGGCCCUGUGGCUUUGCCUUCAGAACAUCAGGGAGGAGGCCUGAGCAUCGGGGCCCCAAGCAGGGAGCUCUCAUCGCAGGCCCCUGGCAGCCUCACCAGUCCUGCUCCCAUCCACCUGGAGGACUCGCUGGACGAAGACUUAAUCCAGAGUUCAGCCUCCUCGUUGGAAGCCGUGUCCAAGGAGCUGGCUGCGUUGAACAGCAGAACAAGUGGGGGCUCUGAGUUCACAUCGCCUCUGCCCUCAAAAGUACCUGUAGAAAAAGCCGCAGGUCUUACAUGUACAGAAGAAAAAAGGAACUUUCCAAAGCCCAACCCUUCUGCUCCACCACCCUCUAGCUCCUUGCAGUCACCCCUCAAUUUUCUGGCUGAACAGGCUCUGGCACUGGGGCAGUCCUCUCAGGAGAAAAAAACAGAGAGUUCUGGCUACAAAGAGCUGUGCUGUCAGGCUCCCGUCAGUAAGAGCCUGCCGGAGGUGCACCAGCCCAAGGCAAAGCACCACAGCUUGCCACGGACGCCUCACGGACCCCAGGUGGCAGCUCCAGCCCCUGGCCCCCAAGUUAAAGCCCUUCACGCAGGCGCUCAACAGCAGAAGAGCUUCACUGCCCCAGCCCCGCUUGCCAGUAAGCUCCAAGGCCCCAAGGCUCCCACUCCGCAGUGUCAUCGUUCUCUCCUCCAGCUGGUAAAGACGGCCACCAAAGGCCAGGGCUUCCAUCCCUCCACGUCAGCCUCUUCGGGGGCCACGCCAGUCCCCAGCAGCGGCUCCCAUAAGAACCUAGCCUCCUCCUCCACUCCCCUGAGCCAUGCAGCAAAACAGCAUGCGGCCAGCGCUUCAGGACCACCCUACAGGAACAGUCCCUUUGCCAGCUCACUCUCCAAACACGGGGCUUCUUCGGGCAACUCUCCCUCCGGAGGGGUGCCAGUCCAGGGCUCCGCUUCCGGGAACCUGCUCCCAGGUGUGCAGCCUUCCUCUGCAGGACAGCCCACCACCCGGCCCAGCCCAAGCUCAGCAGUGAAAAAGCCACCUGUUUCCCAGAAGCUGACGCUGGUGGCACCUCCGGGAGGUCCAAAUGGAGAUUCUGGUGGGGGGACCCAAGGAGUGGCAAAGUUGCUGACCUCCUCACUGAAGCCCACCUUGGUGAGCAGCGUGACGUCAUCUACCUCCUUGCCAAAAGGAACCAGUGGGGCUGUGCUGCUGACCAGCUCCUCUCCCUUAAACCUGCUGUCUCCUUCCUAUAAGUCCAGCAGCCCAAAGCUGCCUGGGGCCAUGAACUCGAACUCUCUGGGCAUUAUAGCCCCUGUCCCAUUUCCUCUCCAUGUGCUCUCCUUCAGUGCUGACUCCUCUGCCAAAGCAGGGGUCUCCAAGGACGCCAUCGUCACAGGGCCUGCCCCUGGGACUUUCCACCAUGGCCUCAGCCACAAUGCUUCUCAGCUUCAUGGGAAAGGGCCCAGUGUACCACGGAAAUUGUGACCCCUCUGGAAGAAAGGCUCGACUGACUCGGGUCUGGGUGGAGGCUGGACACGGAGGCUCAGAUGCUGAUCCUCUCACUGUGCUCUUGGUGCCGGUUGGCUUUCUUCUGGAGAAGGCGUGAGUUUGAGUGGAGUGUUUCUUGGCACUUCUGAUGUGCCUCAACUAGGGAGCAGCCCCGUGCUGCUCAGGAGGCACUUCCUUACCUGGUGCUCCGCACCUUGCGGCUCUGUUGCUGGACAAUCGUCAGAAGGGCAGCUCUGGGACAGGGACACUGGGCUGUGAUGGGGGAGGAGGGGAGCAGCGUGGUGUGGCAGCGCGUACCCUUGUGU